CCACCUUUAAUACGCCAAAACCAGAUGUCGUGGCGCUCGUCUUUCCGAUGCUCAAAGUUUCGUCACGUUUUCGGGAAGCCGUCCAAUAAGGAGCACAGCUACGACGGGGUGCCAAUCACACGCGGUGUCCAUGACAACCACUACUGCUCAGCCAAUCCCUGCUUCAUCGCCGUGGUGACGGAGUGCGAAGGGGGCGGGGCUUUCCUGGUGCUGCCCCUCCACCACACGGGCCGGGUGGACCCUCAGCACCCGAGGGUCUGUGGCCACAGAGGAAGGGUUCUGGACGUGAAGUGGAACCCGUUCAACGAUCACUGCAUCGCCUCUUGUUCGGAGGACGGCACCGUGAAGAUCUGGGACGUCCCGGUGUGCGGCGUCCAGCAGAACCUCACCACGGCCAGGAAGACUCUGAUUGGUCACUCCAGGAGAGUGGGGCUUAUCGAGUGGCAUCCAAUAGCGGAGAACUUGCUGCUAAGCUCCGCCUACGACUACAAGGUCCUCCUCUGGGAUGUUUCCCAGGCGGGUUCGGUCCUCAGGUGUCCGGUCCGGGUGGUUCUGUCUCCGGUUCACCAUCGAUACCCAUCUGACGCUCUGCUGCUGUCCGUCAGCUUCAACUCUGACGGCAGCCGGCUGGCCGUCACAUCCAAAGACCGACGGGUUCGAGUCCUGGACCCUCGAACAGGGAAGAUCCUACAGGUGUCCCGGAGUAAUUCCCACAGAGCGAGUAAGGUGUUGUUCAUCGGAGGACUGAAGAUGCUUCUCUCCACCGGCAGUUCGAUCUGGAACCACCGACAGAUCGUCCUCUGGGACCCUGACGACUUAUCUGAGCCGCUGUACGAAGAAGUUCUGGACGGAUCUGCAGGAGUCCUCUUCCCGUUCUACGAUCCGGACACACACAUGCUCUACCUGGCUGGAAAGGGUGACGGGAACAUUCGAUACUACGAGCUGAGCACGGAGAAACCUUACAUCAGCUUCCUGACAGAGUACCGGUCUCUGCUGCCACAGAAAGGACUCGGCGUGAUGCCAAAGCGCGGACUGGACGUUAGCGCCUGCGAAGUUUUCAGAUUUUACCGACUGAUCUCCAUCAAAGACUUGGUGGAGCCGCUUUCCAUGAUCGUACCGCGGAAAGAGGUUAGCAUCACACCGGAUCUGUACCCGAUGACGGCAGGAAACCAGGCGGCCAUGACGGCUCAGGAGUGGCUGUCGGGGAUCAACAGAAGUCCAGUGCUGAUGUCCCUGAAACCUGGGAUAGGAGUUUCCAACCCUUACCCAGAAACCCCUGCAGAGAAGAUGGAUCCACAGAGACCUGAGAAUAAUGACUUUAUGGAAGAGGCCUUCCUGGAGGAGCAGCUCUCAUAUCAGGACGCCAAAUAUCCCCGAAAAGUGAGCGAUCUGUCGGGUUGGCAGCCGGACGAGACGCUGUUGACGAACUUCUUCACGCCGCACUGCUGCGAGCCUGCAGAGAAACCGCCGCCAAACACCGAGAACGAGCUCCUGCAAGCUUUCUACAGACAGCAGGACGAGAUCAGAGGCCUGAAGGACAAACUGAACGAGAAAAAUGUGAGGAUCUCUCAGCUGGAGCUGGACAUCAGAAACACCAGAAACAACCUGAGGGCGACUUUCUGAACCAACAAACAAAUCAACAUUUACAACAAAUAAACUGAAAAACAGACA